AUGAAAGUUGUGUUGUUUGUUUGUAUGUUGACCGUGGUCACUGCUGGAGAGGCGGACACAGAGGUUAACCACAUAGAUUCCGUCAUUGAGCAACUCAAGGCUAUACAAUCAGAUCUGGUUGGAAUGGAUCAUGAGAUGAACACGAAAUUCCUUGACGAUGUCACUGAUGAGUCAUCAACGAACAAUGUUGCUGGUGCGACACAAACUUCACCAACGACUUCGGGUGACCACCAAGGACUAGUUGAUGGACAAACGCUGGACAGAGAAAACAGAAUAAUGGACAUCUUUUUCAGACUCCUGCAUGGUGAUGAGGAAGACAGGUACGUUGUUUGUACACUGGCUGACGCCGCCGAGACGUCUCAGAUCUCCUUAGAAGACAUCAGCACAUCCAAGUAUCAAGACAAACACACCAUCAGACGGCGCUCUAUCGACUGCAGACAAGACGCCCGCUACCGGACAAUGGACGGAAGUUGCAACAAUGUUCGCUGGCCAACCUGGGGUUCAACCAACCAACAAUUCAAGAGAUUUAUUGAUCCUGCAUAUGAUGAUGGCAAGUUCGUUCCCCGAAUGAGAGGCGUUGAUGGUUUUCCCCUUCCCAGUCCACGCGCCAUCAGUGUGGCCGUCCAUCCGGGAGUUGACAGUCCUUCUGACGACCACACGGUGAUGGUGAUGCAGUGGGGGCAAUUUGUGGACCACGAUCUCACCGGAACUCCUCUUCAUGCAGGUGAUGUUCAAUCUAAAUGUUGCGAUGGUCACACACCUGGAGAGAUGCAUUCUGAUGUACGAGCUGGCGGUCCUUGUUUCCCAAUCACCAUGCCAGUAAAUGAAGGACAUUUCCAAAAGAACUGCAUGGAGUUCAAAAGAUCAGCCCCAGCACCUGGAAGGAAUACUCGAGAACAGUUGAACCUACUGACGUCCUUUGUGGACGCCUCUAACGUGUACGGACUCAGUCAGGAUCAGAUCAAUCACCUCAGGAAUGGACCCUACAUGAAAACCAAGGGAGAUAACCUGUUGCCAGAAUCCAACCAAGGCAACUGUCGAACAAGCAAUACGAACGAAUGGUGUUUUGAAGCUGGUGACGACCGUGUGAACGUGUUCCCUGGUCUGGCAGUGCUACACACCGUGUUUGUCCGCGAACACAAUCGUCUUGUCAAAGAACUUGCUGAUGUCAUGCCAUCGACGACUCCUGAUGAUGUCUUGUUUGAAGAGGCCAGAAAGAUCGUGUCAGCCAUCAUCCAACAAGUCACCUACCGCGAAUGGCUGCCCAUUAUUGUUGGGCCCUUGGCCAUGAGAAAGUACAGACUGACACCUGGCUUCAGCUUCAGGUACAACUUCACCCAAAACCCCACCAUCUACAACGUUUUCGCCACCGCCGCCUUCAGAUACGGCCACUCCACCAUUCCACGUUUCCUGACCCUCGGAGAUAGACGUGUACCCAUAGAACAGCUCUUCUUCAGACCUUCUGAAGUCAUCAAAGAUCUGGACACCGUGCUGAAGGCUAUCCUCAAGGACAGACAUCAGGAGGUUAACCGAUUCAUCAACAGUGGGAUGACUGAGCAUUUGUUUGAGACGUCGGGCAAUAAUGGCUUUGACAUCGUGUCCUUGAACAUUCAGAGAGGUCGUGACCACGGCCUGCCAUCAUACAACAGCUUCCGCAAGGCAUGUCAGCUAUCGGAAGUGACUUCAUUUGAUGACAGUAUAUUUGGUAAAGCAGGAGCUGCUUUGAAAAGUGUAUACAGAUCCCCUGAUGACAUCGACGUCUUCACCGGUGCAGUAGCUGAACAGCACGUGCAUGGCGGUGCAGUGGGCCCUCUCCUCGCUUGUCUGAUUGGUCAACAGUUCCAUGACCUGAAAUAUGGCGACUCAUUCUGGUUCGAAACAUCCCAUCCAAGAAAGGGCUUUACAUUAGGACAACUGUCUGAGAUCCGACGAAUGCGCUUUGCCAAAAUUCUUUGUAGGAAUUCAGGAGUGAAGUCCAUCCAAAGAGAUCCUUUUACAGUGUACUCAAAAGAAAGCAAUCCUUUGAUACCCUGCAACGAUCUUCCAACAAUCGAUUUAACCGAAUGGCGGAGAUGA